AUGAAGUCUUAUCAGUCACUAUUAUUGCAUAAUUAUACUUUACGAAUAUUUUUUCUGUUAUAUACAGUAAUUGUAACUAUCAAUACAAUACAAGCAGAAGAUAAUGAUGUUGCUACGAUCAAUGUUGAUAAUUUUGGAUAUAGAAAUUCAAAAGAUCAUGAUACUGGUAGUUACCAUCAAUCAGUAAGUACGGCAGCAAAAAAUGGAAUAACAGAUGAAGUUGAAGAAUUAGUCAUUGAUGAAGGUCUUAUUUUAAAUGCACUUAAACAACAACAACGGCAAAAACAACAACAACAACAACAGCAGCUGCGAAAACAACAGCAACAACAACAAAGCGAAGAUAAAAAAAGUGUAAAUAACGGAGGAAACUUCAACAUCGUUAAUGUUGCAAGUGCAAUUAGCACUACUGACAGUAAACAGGAACAAAAUUUGUCUCUUGCUAAAACAAAUUUUCUAAAAUCUUCAUUCUCUCCUAAAAACAAUAUUAUAAAUAAGAAAGUCUCGUUAUCGAUUCAUCCCAUAUCAAAUAAUUCUAAACUUCCCUCAUCAUUAAUUAAUCAAUCAAAUAAUAAUGAUAGCACUAAUAGUAAUAAUAAUAUUCAACGGAAAAAUUCGGAUCGAAUAUGGAACAAUUUAAACGAUCGCAGCAAUAAUCGAAGAAAACGUCGAGCAAUGAUUGUUGAUGAUGAUAAUAUGAGUGGAGUAAACGAACUGAUUGAAAAAUUCAAAUCAACAAAUCAUAAUUCACCGACGAUUGCAUCCAAUGAAAUUUCAACAUCACCAGACUAUCACAUGCAUGAUGUUGAUGAUGAUACUGGUGGCGGUAACAGUGAUGAUGAUCGAUUCCGAAUACCGGUGGAAAAUAUUGUCAUUGUUGGUAGUGAUGCAGAGGAUGAUGAUGAAGAAGAUACUGAUCAUGUUCAUCAUGAUGAUGACAAUGAUAUUGAUAAAAGUAAUACUGGAGAAGUUAUUUUUAAAGAUACAACAUUUGAUGAACCUGAAACAACGGAUAGCUAUGAACAGAUGAGUUCGGUUGAAGAAAAUAGUAAAGAAGAUGGAAAUACGGAAAUGGGAAUCGUUCGAAUAACACCGGAAAUGUUACCAAAACAUACGGCAACAGAAGAUAUUGAUAAACAAUAUAAGAUGAAAGUGAAAUCAACGAUGAAUUAUUUGGAAUCAGGAACAGAUGAAGCGUUAAAAUCAAGUGAAAUAAUGGUUAUGGAAAAAGAAGGAGGAAAAAAAUGGGAUGAAUUGGAAAAAUUGAAAGAAAUUAUGGAUGAAAAAUUAUUAAAAACUGAUAUGUCGCAAAUUAAAAAUCAUUUUCUACGAGAAGAAAUAGAUUUGGGAACAAUUCAAGAAAUGAGAAUUUCGGAUGAUCCUAAUGAUGCUGCAAUUGCAUGCGAUGAUGAAACUGAAGGUAGUGGUCAGCAAGAGGAAGAAGAACUUCAAUACUACGAAAAAUCAGAUAAGACAACAAGUGUAGUACCACAACAAUCUUCCAUCUAUGCAUCAUCGGAAUAUCCACGUGAUGAUCAUAAGCCUUCCUCUUCCUCUUCUUCAUCAUCUUAUUCCUCAUAUCCUAACAACAAUGUCCAGUUUAUUGUUGGCAAAUAUACAGAUAGUUUAAUUUUACCCUCAUGUGUAACUGCUAUUCCGGUUAUUCCAAGACUGGAAUCGGUUCAAUUAAUGGAAGGAAAAUCACAAGUUCACGAAUGUUUGGAUAACCGCGGUUAUCAUACCGAUGGUUUGACAUUUGUAGAAGGGUCAUGCUUGAAGGUAGAAAAAGGUGAAAAAGGUGAAAAAGGCGAUAAGGGUGACCGCGGUGAACCAGGAUUACAGGGACCAAUCGGUCCACAAGGAUCACCUGGAACUUGUCCAAAGGACUGUCAGUCAGGGCGCGACGGACGUGACGGUACACCUGGGAAGCCAGGGGAGAUGGGACCAAUGGGACCGAUGGGACCACCUGGUCCACCGGGACCAUCUGGAAUAACAACUACAGUGGUACAAGAGGGACCAGAAGGAGUUGAAACUAUUGUUGGUCCCACUGGACCACAAGGACCACCUGGACCAAUGGGGCCAAGAGGACUGCCAGGACCACCGGGUAUCGGAGAACCAGGAUUUCCGGGACCUCCAGGAAUUCCAGGUCGUUGUGAAAGAUUGCAUCCCGAAGAUAUCGCACGAAUUAUUAGCGAUCCUCGAAUUAAAGGUGAAAAAGGUGAUUGUCCACCGAGAAUGCCGAUUCAUUAUCCGGGUGUAAAUAAAGAAAUUGAUCCUUAUCAUCAUCGUUAUGCUAUAAAAGGCGAAAAAGGUGAACGUGGUGAAACAGGACGAAUGGGACCAAUGGGUCCAAUUGGACAUCCAGGACCACCUGGUCCUGCUGGAGCAGGUGUACCACCACCAGUUAGUUAUCCGCAACCAAUGCAUACUGCACCUGGAGGAGUUCAAGUAUAUCCAACUACAAUUGAAUUAUUUACCGCUUCACACGGUAUGCCUAUAGGUUCGCUUACAUUUUGCAUAUCAAGUCAGCAAUUAUAUGUUCGUGUUAAUGGUGGUUUCAAGGAUAUUAAACUCGAAGGUUUUCAUCCAAUUAUGGAACAUCGUCCAACAGUUGUAAGUCAUUUUUAG